AUGGAUAGCAAUGUAUGGCAAAGAGGUAUAACACCCGCCGAUAUCAACGAACAAUGCCUUCGUUUAUGUGCCGACUAUUUGGGCGGCGUUUGGCUUAAGUUAACCGCCGAUGACAUCGACGUGAAGAUAAUAAGCGCUGGCAUACACAGCCUGGAAGUGCCCAUUAAACGCAACCCGAAGUGGAUAUUUCGCUAUUACGACCACUUUUACCGAUUGGCGACCGACAGGUUUGACAUAAACUCAAUGUUCAAUGAAUACAAUUUAGAGACACUGAAAGCGCACGACAUAUACCGCGAAAUGCAAUGGACUGAACGUUUGGUAACCAAAGACCACGACUUUCCCAUCGCUUUUGCGCACAACGACAUGAGCGCAGCCAACCUAAUGGUCACCGAAUCGGACGGUAUAGUUGUGUGCGAUUACGAGUACUCGUGUAUCGGUUACCGGGGCUACGAUUUUGGCACACUUUUGCUUUGGUGGGACAGAAACGGCGAUUCGCGCGAACCGCACGCGUUUCCCGACGACCCGUCCGUUCGGCCACUGGUCGACGCCUACAUCCGGGAGUCAAUCCAAUUGAAUGGUAUUCAAUGGGCGACAGACGCGAGAAAUUCAGCUCAAAGUUUGUUACGAGAGAUGAAAGUUUUUACGUUAGUUUCGUAUCUGUUUUACGUCUUGUAUUACCUGUCGUUCAAUGAGUGGAGAUCUGAUUUGCCGUUUAAUAAGAAGAUAUCAAUGGACGGCACUGAAAGUUGGUAUAAGAAUUAUCACAAACUCAAGAAACAGUUUAUUGAAAACAAUGAAAUUUGA